CUCUCCUUCUUUCCCUCAGACACACACACACACACACACACACAUGCACAGACAAACCCCCUCUCACAUAGGAGUAGAUAGAGAGCGGUGAAGAGCAGAAGGAGCAGAGCUGAGGCAGGCAGGAGGGCUGUUGUUGAUUGAACAAAGCCAGGAAAGGAGUGCGCAAUCCUGGGGAGAUCAGCAGCUGUGAAAUGCCUCGAAGGGAGCCUGCCAGCUACUCCUGCAGAGACCUGAAGGUGUUGAGCUUCAGCUGAGGAUGGCAGGAGAUUCUCGAAUCCUCAUGGACCAUAAUAUGGAGAUAGGAGUCACACCUGCACAGGUGAAGAAGCUUCCUAAACACUUGCGGGAGGCUCAGAUCUCGACAGAGCGUACCCACUUGAUUUCUGACCCGGCGAAGAAGCCACGUCAGCGAUAUGUGCAAAAGGAUGGCAAGUGCAACGUUCAUCACGGAAAUGUGCAAGAGACCUACCGUUACCUCAGUGACUUGUUCACUACGCUGGUGGACCUACGCUGGCGUCUUAGUCUCUUCAUUUUCACCUUAGUCUAUGUAGUCAACUGGCUUUUCUUUGGCUUUCUGUGGUGGCUGAUAGCACUAAUCCGUGGGGAUCUGGUGCAUGCUGAUGAGGAGGGCUGGACCCCAUGUGUGGAGAACCUCAACAGUUUCGUCUCAGCCUUCCUCUUCUCCAUUGAAACAGAGACCACCAUAGGGUAUGGUUAUCGUGUAAUCACAGAAAAGUGCCCUGAAGGUAUCAUACUGCUUUUGGUGCAGGCCAUCUUGGGUUCUAUUGUUAACGCCAUGAUGGUGGGCUGCAUGUUUGUGAAGAUCUCACAGCCAAAGAACCGCGCCGAGACCCUCAUGUUCUCGCACAAUGCUGUCAUAUCAGUGCGAGACAACAAGAUGUGCCUGAUGUUUCGGGUGGGGGACCUGAGGAACUCUCACAUCGUGGAGGCAUCGAUCCGAGCGAAGCUGAUCCGCUCGCAGCAGACCAAGGAGGGGGAGUUCAUCCCACUCAACCAGACUGACAUCAACAUCGGCUUUGACACAGGAGACGACCGGCUGUUCCUGGUGUCACCGCUUAUCAUCUCUCACGAGAUCAACGAGAAGAGCCCCUUCUGGGAGAUGACAAUGGCGCAAAUGGAGAAGGAGGAGUUCGAGAUCGUAGUUAUCCUUGAGGGCAUGGUGGAGGCCACAGGUAUGAAGGGCGGGGGAGCUGAUCAAGGGAAGGGGUAA